GUGUCGCCAUUAGUCGCGCUUACCACAAUCACGUUCGAGAUACUACUCGUACUAGCUUAUCACUGAAAAUGGCUCGACGAUUACACUCUAAUCGGUUACCUUAUAACUGUACGAUUUGCGGAGUGUUUACUAGGUGUACGACCGUAUUUGACGUGGUUUAGUUACGUGAGAGUUUAUUUUCGGCAUGUCGUCGACGUCUACGCCGACCGGCAAGAAAACAGUCCUGAACACGCUUCUGGAGACUGAUCACUAUGAAAGUCUCAUCAAGGAGCUGACAUGUACUAAAUGUAAGCGAUACAUGAAGCCACCUAUCCACCUUUGUGUGGACGGGCAUAGCACCUGCGGACCAUGCUUUGAGAAAAGCUAUCAAUGUCACGUGUGCAAGAAAGAGUACUCCACAAUCCGUCCCACAACUUUAGAAUCGCUUGCGAACAAAGUCCUAUUUCCAUGCACCAAUUUGGGCUGUCCGAAACACGCGACCCUGCCUAUACUUGAAAAGCACUCCCCACACUGCCAGUUCCGUAUUAUCAACUGCUUUAUGGCUCGAGUUUACGGCGAUUGCAAAUGGGAGGGCCGGGCUGGCGAAUGGAUGGACCAUUGCUUCCAAGAACAUAAGACUAAGGUGACAGAAUUACCUUUCAUUACCGUAAAAGACAAAUGGGAUGCUAAACGGACGGAACCGGUCCUCAAUUACUUCUUGCUGAGAUGCUAUGAGAAGGUGUUCAAUGUCUAUCAAAUUUACGAUAAGAGGGGAGGAAGAAUGAUGUGGACUGUACUAGUAAACGAUGAACACGCGGAGAAGUUCUACUUCGAGGUUGAUAUUUUCCUACCCAAUUUGCCGAGCAAAAGGAUUGUGUACAGGCGCCCAUGUAAGUGCGAGAAGGAUGCAGAUUUCCUCGAACACACUCAAAAUGUUUACAUUCCCGUUGAAAAUGUUUUCUCCAUGUUGGAUGAGACCGAGUCCGCAAAUUUUACUGUUAGAAUUGGUGAAGUAGAAAACUUGCCCAUGCUGGACACACCUUCAAACAGCGAAAGUCUUAUUUUACUCCACAAUGAACAACUCCACAAAGAGACCGAAGAGCAACACGAAUAAGGGAGUAGAAAAUUUUACAGAAAAGGUCGACGUGAAUUAAAUACCACAAUUCAUAUUCUCCUUAUAUAUUUAAAUGAAGAUCGGUGAAUAUUGAGCACCUCACCGAUAUAAAAGCCCUUGAUUGAUGAAUGUGCAUCAAUCGUUGUUAAUGACAGCCCAUUGUUAUCUAUCAUUACGU